AUGGUCGUCUGCUCAUCAUCGAGGGUGCAGAAACCUCCAUCAACUACGGACAGCGCUAUGGUCUAUUGGGUGAGAAUGAGUCUGGAAAGUCUAUCUUCCUCCUCUCCAGCGCAGAGCGCGACAUUGAAAUUCCACCAGAUUGACAUCUACCUCCUCCGUGGUGAGACAGAACCGUCCGAUGUCAACGCCGUUGACUUCAUCGUGGCCUCCGCUCGCGAAAAGGUCGCUAAACUCGAAAAGCGCAUCGAAGAUCUCAGCAUCGCAGAUGAUGUUGAUGACGCCGCCCUGGAGGCGUCUUGGCUUCAGACAGGCUUCCAUCCUACAAAAGAUAGGAGUGGUGGUUGGCGUAUGCGCAUGCACUCUUUGUUAAGCCACAUCUGCUCCUCCUUGUUGAGCCGACGAACCAUUUGGAUCUCGGCGCUGUCGUUUGGCUUGAAGAAUAUUUAUCAACAUACAACGACGUUCUCGUUAUCACCUCGCAUCCGCAAGGUUUCAUCAUCUCGAUUCAUCGCUUCCGCUGGUACAUAUGCCAACCUCGUCAAGCAGGCCAAGUCGAAACAAAACAUCACCGACAAGAUGGAGGCGGCGGGACUCGUCGAAAAAGUCGAGACGCCUCGACCACUGCGCUUCCACUUCGAGGGUAUUCGCAAACUCCCUCCUAUCAUUGCAUUCGACGAAGUCGCCUUCUCAUACUCGGGCAAUCCUGAAGAUUACUUGUACAAAUAA